AUGUCCGGAAAACCACCAGUUUAUAGAUUACCUCCACUUCCCAGACUUAAAGUGAAGAAACCUAUCAUUAGACAAGAAGCUAACAAAUGUCUGGUUCUAAUGUCGAAUUUAUUACAAUGCUGGUCUUCAUAUGGACAUAUGAAUCCUAAGUGUGCUGGCUUAGUAACGGAAUUGAAAAGUUGUACCAGUGAAAAUGCCCUUGGGAAAAGGAAUAACGUUCAAAAGAGCAACAUCAACUAUCACGCCGCUAGACUGUAUGACAGGAUUAAUGGUAAACCUCAUGACUGA